AUGGCGGCAACACAACCCCUUCGUUGGCACGUCUUCGCCAUCACGCCGGGUUCCGAGUCAGAGACUGAAGCGACCGCGGCCAACAGGCUUGCCUUCUCUGCAUGCGCGGCGCCCGCCGCCUGGUCCUCCGGCCUCUUCGACUGCUUCGACGACUGCGGCCUCUGCUGCGUGACCUACUGGUGCCCGUGCAUCACGUUCGGCAAGGUGGCGGAGAUCGUGGACCGGGGCGCGACGUCGUGUGGGACGAGCGGCGCGCUCUACGUGCUGCUGGCGUCGCUCACGGGGUGCCACUGGAUCUACUCCUGCACCUACCGCUCCAAGAUGCGCGCCCAGUACGCGCUCCCGGACGCGCCCUGCUGCGACUGCUGCGUGCACUACUGCUGCGAGCCCUGCGCGCUCGUCCAGGAGUACAAGGAGCUCAAGGCCCGCGGCUACGACCCCGAGAUCGGCUGGCACCUCAACCAAGAGCGCCGCAACGGCGGCGCCGGCGGCGUCAACCCGCCCGGCAUGCAGGAGAUGGGCCGCUGA